UAUAAACAACAUGGAAGCCUAUUAGCGGUGGACUGCCCUUUUCUCUUCCAUAAACUUGAAAAGUAUUUAAGCUUAUAACAAAUCGUUAUGAUAUGGUUUUAAAGCCGCUUUCAUGAUUUAUUUAAUCAAUGCCUUUCAGAAUUUAUGUACAAGCCAUAGAACAUAUGGUGAAAAUAUUGUAGGUGACAUCUUUCCAAUGUUUGUUGACAAGAGCUUUGAAUAGAGGCUAACCGAACAGCUGAAUACUCUGAAAUGAUGGAAGAUCAUAAGACUCGUACCCUGUCAAGAAAUCCUACCAGGAAGCAUCUGCAAUCUACCUUCCCCUCCAUGAUGGAGGAUUACAUGUCAGGUGAAGAGUUGUCCAAGCACCUUGGAAGGCAGAUGUCAAUACAUACAGAGAAAUAUAAGGAACCAGACUUUGAGGAAGAACUUGAUGAGUCCAAAGAAAAAAAGAAGUUGAAAAGAAAAACAAGUAAUAUCAAAAAACAACAGUCACAUCACAGAGUGAUUCUUCAGGGAUCUGAUCAUAAGCCUCAUAAGAGUGUGACAGCCAUUCAGAGUGAAGAUGAGGAGGUGCCAGAUGAUGAAGAACAAGAAAAUAUAAAGAAAAUGAAAGAAAAGGAACAUGAUGAAUUGGUUCAAGGUCUGCUGUUGCUACGUGAUUACUACAAGGCAGAGUACAAGAAAGCAUUGCACGAUAAAGUGAAUCAUCAGAGAAGAAACCUGCAACAACGGCAGACCAAACUAGAAGAAGAAACAAGGGUGUUAGCACAGCAUGAACAAGAGAUGAAGCACAAAGUUGUCCAUAAACUUCCAAAGUCCAUUGUUGUUAAUGAUAUGCAGUUCAGGGAUGGUUUACAGACAGACUAUUACAAAAUCAUCAGUCUUGAAAACCAACUGAAGAAGGAAGGAUUUCUCACAAAGAGCCAUGAAAUCAAAGAGUUUUGGGCUUUUAUCACUGUACCAGAAAAUUUGGAAACUGUUCUGGAAGACGGACAACUUUUGUGGGAAAGAAUUAAAAACUACCACAAAGAACACAACAAGGCGUCGCUAGCGAACCAAGGAGAAAUAAACGAAACAGAGCAGCCGCCAAAACCUAGUCGCAAGAAAAAGUUAAAAGGUUCAACCGCCAUAUCUUCAUGGAGGAGUACAACCCAUGGCAUCCGAACACUACUUACACCAUCCACUCCUCGUUCAGAAAUGACAAGCGGUCGGCGCAAGUCAAGUUCCUAUGGUCGAAGCGGUAAACAAAGAAGAAAGAAGACUCCACCGCCAUCAGCUAUACCUAUAGAACAACGAUUUCCCAAGGUCGAGUUUCCUCCAUUGGCAGCGUAUAGACUGGAGUUUGGCGAGCCAGAACCUGAGCCCGAGGAGGUAAGGAAGCAAGAAGAAGCUUAUAAGAGGCUGCAGGCAAGAAAUGGUCUAAAGAGAACAUUAAACACGAUGUUUUCUCAUGCCUUGGCAAAUAGGGCCGCUACACAGAGGCUGAUGGACAACAAUGAAGACUAUAAUUUUGAAAGCCUUUCUGGAGCUUCAAACUUGGAAGAGUUUCAUGACUUAGCUAGCGUACAGCCGAAACCAAGUGGAAGUGCUAACAAAAAUAAACAAUCUAGGACGUCGAGCAGCAAAAGUAAAGGUGUGAAGUCACGAUCCGGAAGCCACAAGAGUGCCAGUAGGAAACCAAUGAGCCCAGAAACUGAUAGUCUAGACAGAAGCGGUUCCAAUACGUCGCUCUCUUCUAAAGAAGACUUGGUAGUCGAGCUUCCACCCCUCACUUUGAGCCAGCUCUCUUCUAAUUGUACCGUCAAGGAGGCUAAAUGUCUGAGUACCUUUUGGGUUAAUCCGAUGGCAAAGCGGGAUCCAAAAACCUGUGAAAGCUGAAAGAAACUCCGGAGCUGUUCUCCUCAAGCUGCAGAUUCGACUGAAAAGAAAACCCAAUAAAAGAAAACAAAAAAAAAAAAUUCUCUUUGAACUGUUAUGUUUCAGUAUUACAACGAGGAGUGUUUAGUCGAAUCGCUUCAAGGGGCGAGAGGAGCAAGAUUGACCAAGGGUGCUUUCCAUUAUGCCCAAAAUUCUUGAAAUUUCGGUCAGAAGUCAAAUGGAAAGGUCUGUUUUCGGUUCGGUCCGACCGGAUUAUUCGGAACCAGAUCGAUCGGACCGUUCGGACCGAAAUUUGCAGUUCGAUACUGACAAGGCGAUUCAUUGGCCUACUUCUCUUCAGUAGAUUUCACUUAUAUAGGGAAUUCGGGAAAGUAAUCAAAAAUGGUAAGAGCCAUUCCUCUUGGUUGACCUGGUUUGAUCGUAAAAUGCCUUUUCAUUUUUUUUUUUUUCCCCCGCGUAGUCCCACUAGUUCCUGACCGGUCGGUCUGGCAUAAUAGAGCCCUCUAAAUGCUUGCGCCACGCUAAGGACCAGUCUCACUCUUCCAUUUAUCCUUACGCCAAACUAAAACUCGGAAAAUGUAAAUCUCUAUCAAGGAAAAAUAGCUAAGAAAUAAAGUGUAAACGGUAUCUCAAGGGUAUUAGGGUAUUUCAUAGUAUUAAUCGACCAGACCAACUAAAAUCACUUGGCUGGCAGGUGACCACAAUGCUUAAUAUAGGCUCGAUAUCCAGCCCCUGUUCACGAAGCAAAGACCGGUCACGAGAGAGCGGCGGGAAUCGACAUUAACAUAGAUAUAGACGUUUUUCUUGGACAAAGGCGCAAUGAGGUUUACCCUAUGUGAAACUGCAACCCGUGUGACAAGGCCAGGCCACAAACACCGGGAACCCUACUUGGCCUACUCUUUGCGAUAAGUGUGUGUCAUUUUUUUUAACGUCCCCUGCUAACCAUGUAACACUGAAAAUGCAGAUCUGAUUCUUUGAUCGUGAGUGAUGAUUGCGAAAAGCU